UCUCGCGAACGCGUCAGUCGCUCCCGGUUAUCAGGAAAACAGAAUUGCGAAUGUCCACAACGAACCAACGAUGAAUCAUAGGAAAAGUGUUCCGCCAGCGGUUCCCCCAAAACCGUUUUCGGUGAAAUUUUGCUCUUUGCGAUCGCUGAAAUCACAACAUGGCCAAGAAACUAUUCGUGGAUCACAAAGCGUGAAAGAUAUUGCAAAGAUCUUAAACGACCAGCUGGCACCAGCACUGCUGAGAGCUAGCAGCUCGUCCUCGCCCUCGAGUUGUUUUUCCUCCCCAGUAGCACCACCGAAAAAUAAUGAGCUCACGAAAACAACUGAUCCGGUUGUGGACCAAGACGAGGAAAGCAUCAGUUCAGACAUUCUGGAUCUCGAAAAUACAUACAGCAAUAUUUACUCCGAGAUUCUCCCUGCCAGUUCACCCACUGAAUCAUCAACUUCACCAACCCUGCAAAUAUCAGGAUCGCAUCGCCCCAGUAACGCCGUUGAAGAAUUGCUUUUGAACGAGUCCAUCUACGUUCAGCGCCUUGCAAACUACAUCGACGAGUUGAUACCGAUAAUGAUAGAACCAAACUUACCGCAUUCGUUGAAAAAUCAGAAAAAUAUCGUAUUUGCCAACAUCGAGGCGAUCUACGCAAUGCACCGGGAUGAUUUCCUUCCUCAGCUGGAACAGUGUGCAGGAUCAGCGGAGAAAAUCGCAUCCGUUUUCAUCCAGUCUAUCGAUAGCAAUCGCUUCUACUGCUACGUCUUCUAUGCCCUGAACAAAAUGCGCUCGGAGAAAAUUUGCAAGCAAAAUGAAGAUUACCUGCUGAACGUUUCAAUCAAAUUGAAUAAAUUUUUACUGGAGCCUAUCCUGCGAUUGCCAAGGUACAAGUUAAUGUUUAGCGAAAUAUGUAAGCGUUUUUUGGAUUCUUCGGACAAAGAAACUAUUCAAAAAACAGGACCAGUACUCUGCAGGGCCGAAAAGCGGAUUGAAAAACUUAUAAAUUUGGUUGAUGCUGCAGUUAGUCUUAGCGAUAUUUUGCUGAGUCCAGAAUCAUCUUCUUCGACGGCCAGUGGCUGGAAAAACAGUUACAGUGAUUUUAUUCCGAUUUCCUUAAUCAUAAACCCAACGGCACAAAAACAUACCACCAGAAAGGAUCCGGUCAACCUACUUCAUCAAGGACAAUUCCAAAAGUUCUUUGACGUUGAUAUUUAUGAUAACAAACAGAGAAGGAAAUAUCCAGCGAAAGUUUUUUAUUUCGACAAAAUCGUACUCUAUACGGAAAUUUACAAGGGAAACCUGGAAUACCGGGGCCAUUAUUACGAUUCAGAAAUCAUAUUUGACGAAGAAUCCAGCCAUAAGUUGAAAUUGUACUGCAAACACAUGGGAAAUCAGGAAAUACUAAUUCAAUCGGCACAAGCAUCGGCAAUAGAGGCACUAAAAAUUUGCAUAGAGGACAUGCGCCGCAAUUUCGUGCACCUUAGCGCAUUUGAGUUGCUAAACGAUAAAAAAGCAACGUUGAUAUUCCCGGAAACGGACCCAGCAGAAGAAGCUAAAAGGGAAUCAGAGCAAGAUCCCGAUUGGGAAGAGAUUAUACAACCAGCAAUAUUGGUUCAAGCUCAGCUACAAUUUUGCCGUGUCCUGGAGGCAAACAAUACUUUUUACUUGAGCAAUUUGUCCACCUCGGCCAAUGUGUUUCUCAAGAUGUACGACAUGCACUACAACCGAAUUCUCCCGGAACUGGCCGCAGUCAAGGAUCCCUUCGCGAUGUGUGAACUGUUUUUCUCAUAUCUAAGGAAUGGAGUGUUUGUCCAACUAUAUUACGACUAUAUUAAGGAGUUUAAAAAGAUUAUAAAGACAAUCAAUGUUCGAAGAACGGCUGCGACUUUCAACUAUCUGGUGGCUGCCAAAGUGGAAGAUUUUGCCGUUCUGUGUAUCGACCAGCUGGAAGAGUAUUGCCGAUUUUUCCAGCAGCUCAGUACCCGAAUGGCGGAAGAUAGCAUCUCUAACAAGUUCAUUGACAUGACCCUUUACAGACACGUGGCGAUGGUGCUGGCCGAGCUUAACAAAUUUGAACAGAAUGUACGACGAAACUAUCAACUUUUUCUAUUGGACGAUCGAGCCGUUGAGUUCGGUUUGGUGAAAUACUGUGACCUGGUUACGGUGAGCAAUGCCGAGAAUGGAAAUUUUCCGUGUAAGAUAUUCAUAAGCGAACGGGCAGUGAUAUGCAUUUCAAUUUUUAUUGUGGAGCAACAUGACAAAACCGUUGAACAUUACGGGCAAAUUAUUUUUAUCGACAAGUUUAAUGGUCGUGGAUGUCCGAUGAAUAUGAGAAAGAGUAAAAAGGCAGAUCUGAGACUGAGCUUUAUAGUGGACAGCAGUAAAUACAAAGUAACUUUCAAGAAUAACUCAGAACGAGACUGCUUUUAUCAAAAGUACAUCGAUCAGUAUGUGUUGGUGAAAUAA